CACAGACUACCAUCGUCUUUAGUUCCCCAUAUGUCACAUGGAGCGCAGGAGACUAGGGUUAUAUAAAUCUUGUUAAGAUGGAUCGUGUUCUUUUAGUAAUGGUAUUUUUAUAACUACAUUUCGGCCCAGAUAGGUUUUAACAAACCAAUUAUUUCAGAUAUUACACGUGAAUUCUCUUUCUUAAAUCCCAAACAAGGGACUCUAAACGUAUCGUGCAUAGACCGCAGAUGAUUCGGUCCCAGUUUUAUUCUGAAAGGAAAGUAACUUUGACAUAUCAAAAGUAACGAAUUAAGCCGAGACCAACCCCAGCGAUAUCCUUAGACUUUCCAACGGUCCUGAACCGACAAUCAGGAGGCUAAACUAUACGUAAAAAGUACGGACAUUGGUUCGGAGACUUAUUUUUUAUAUCAGCAAUUUGUUUGUGUCAGCGAUGUCGGCGCGGAUUUGGAGUGGAUAUCCUAAACAGAAGGGAACAACUAAACGGAAGGAAGUUAUAUCGUCUGGCUGUGCCACGAUGCUAAAAGUCCGCAGUUCACAUGGCUCAUUGAUUCUCUACGCCGCCCUCUUCAUUGUCAUCACCUGCCUCGUCCACUGUACGGAAGCGGAGCGUUUCGACCACAUGCUUGCCGAUUUCUUACUAAGAUCUGAAGACCAAUGGCGCCAGGCUUGGCACACGGACUGCCAUAGGCGAUGCCGCCACGAGCUUGACUCGCAGAUCCGACUAGCAUGUGCCAAAGAUAUCUAUAGAAUCAGACGCGCGGCGGAUGUCGAUGCCAGCAAUGUUACACUACCCCCAAUUCCAAAAAACCAAAUCUUCGACCGGAAGACAGCCACGGCGUUCCUUCAUAAACUGCACCGGCAGCCCAUCAGGAUGAAAAGGGGUAUCAUGGAAGAGUGCUGCUACGCCAAGUCAUGUAGCUGGGAGGAAUACGCUGAGAGUUGCCAUCACUACGGCCGCUCCGAUGCGGACAGUUCGAACAUCUGUGGGCCGUGGGAUUAACGACAUCUUCGGAAGCAACAUCGACUUGUGCCGGUGUGAAAGGUAUCCAAGACCCCUCGUUAAAGAUUCAAUUGUACGAUCAGAUCCAAGGCCGUGGUCUCCUUAGCCAUAAAUACAUAAACAAUCAUUGAAUAGCAGGACAGAACGCAUGCAGGAAGAACUAAAUUAAUACGUUCACGCCGGUGUAUAAGAGAACGCCAUAAACUGAACUUACAGCGGUAUUGCCUCCGUAGCCUCCGCUCGUUGUCUGCAGGCACAUUGAGGCUGAAGAUGGAGGACGCAGGCUGAAAUUAUGUUGAGUUCUUGCGAGGCAACCGUAACGCCAAAGCGAACGCCGUGGCCGACUUUGGCAUGAUGUAAACUAUGAGAUAGGCGUUCGCGUUGGGUGUUUUGCGAGCUUUGCAGAAGCUUUCCCUUCUCCAUAAAAGGGCUUAUUUUUUGCACGCGCCUGCUCUGCUGUCAAUAUGCAGUUUUAAUAGACAAUACAUAAUCCACCUCUCUCUCACUUUACAGGAAGUAUGAAUUCAAACAUCAGAUUCUCUAUGUGAGGUGUUCCUGUUUGAGAGUUAUACAACCAUUGGAGGAAGUCUCCGACCUUGCAUCAUGAUCAGCUGAUUGGCACGCUGAUGACUCUCAGAUGUUACGCAUGUAUAAAAUGUUGCUGACAACAUUGUUUCAAACUGUAAUUUAAUUGUGCUUUCCUCCUACGUUUUCUUCAAAAUCUUCAACAUUCCAGUUGGGCACAGCGGUAAACUAUCUAACUGUUGAGUUGAAGCACCGUGUCUCCAACUUCACAUCAGCGUUUCCAUGAGUGUUACCAACUGUUUGAUAGAGUGAUACCACACUACCAUAUGCAGGAAAUGUCCGAGUUUGCAUAAGGGACGGUAUAUAAUUCGGACCCCUUUAAACGUGGUUUGCCUUUAUUAAAUCUAUGGACCUGGAAGGACAGCUGGAAGAACCCAAACCAUGCCUACGAAUCCGAAAGAUCCGGUCAUCAAAACGUCCCCAUUUUUCAUGAUGUCCAAGAGAUGGCACGUCUGCUUGGCAUUAUUCUGUAUGAAGCCGCUGCAAUCCACACGUGUCAGACAGGUCUGCCCACAUUCAAAUCUCGAUGUUAUACCGAUCUUGGUGUCGAUUACUCCGCCAGUCACAGGUCCAGUCUUCCCUUCGAAGUAAGCAUGGCUGGUAAAAUCUGAAAGGAGUAAGGCCCGAAAGUGAAGCGGUAUUCAAACCAUGUGGUCAAUGCAGCCAAUGAACAAGACUAGCCAUUCAACACGGAAAAGGGGCAAUGGAUGCUGGCAAUACAACAGUUACUCUUACUAUCAAGCAGGUAGGCCUACCUAUACAUGAAUGUGCCACUGGUAUAGGCAAGCUCCUGCUAUUAAAAAUCCCUCAAAAGACUUGGUCAGAGUCAAAUGCGUUGCAGAAGGAAUAUGUUGCUGUAUUGUGAGUGGCGCAUGCAGUGGAGGCUUGAAAACAGCUCGCCUUCUUAUCAAAAUUAGAGAGAUUGUGAAAGAGAAACUGUGAACAACUUUAGUCAACAACUGAUACCUCUCUAUACAUAAACCACAUGUCGAAUUUCGCAUAACUCGAAUUGAAAUUGCCCUCGUCUCGAUGAAUCCGACUUUUAUAAGGUUAAAAAGAACACAUUGCAUAAAACUUCGCAAACUUCGCCUACCUUAUGUUGGACUCAAUAUUGGUGAAUUCUGGAAACAGUUGCUAACGCCAGAAUCACUAAACAUGAAAAUUCCAACUUCCUUCCACAUAUCCACCAUUGUUUCAGGUGUAUCGAGAGCGUUUCUUUGCAAGGGAUUUUUUAUACCACUCAAGCGUUCUGUAUUUGUGCUAAAAUAUAUAACUAUUGAGAACAACACUGCGGACAGUGAAGCCGUGCAGAUUUUCAUGCAAUUGUGUUCGGCAAUCUUUUACCUUUAGUGCCCGGCUAAAGAGCCGCUCAUAUUUCAAGACUGGUACUUUGAGUUUUUGUUUUUAGUCUAAAACAGCUAGAUUCUAGCCCGCAGGGUCCUAAAUCAUCCAUAUCGAAGUAUGAACUAGUUUUUGCAGACCAAUCGCUAUUAAGUUUUGAUAUCAGUAUUGAAAUACCAAGUAAUUAACCUUAAAUUGGUUAUCUCACGAAAGCCGCACGACAUAUCUUGCAAGUUGACCUCCACACACUGAUUCAAGGCGUUUUCGAAUUAAAUACCUAUUCUCUCAAAGAAGUUGUAAUUAUCAUUGGUGUGCGUCAAUUCUCCAGUGACGUCCUUUACGGAACACUUGUUCUGGUAGUACUGGACACUCUUGCAUGCUCGCCACUUGGAGCACAAUGCCAGACACUGCACGUACGUGACAUCCUUUGUUGAUUUGUAAAUCGGAGGCGUGCCCCCACAACAGUCCCCCUGCUUCCAUAUGUAGAUGUUGUUAGGAACUGGAGACGGAAGAGACUGAUUACAUCACAUCUUGCAAUUAUAGAUCU